AUGGCGACAAAUUCUAUCAAGCUACUCACGGGCAAUAGUCACCCCCAGCUGGCAAGGUUAAUCGCAGCCAGACUAGGAAUCGAGCUUGCCAAGACGAUGAGUCUAAACUACUCUAAUCAAGAAACGAGUGUGACAAUUGGCGAGAGUGUGCGUGAUGAAGACGUCUUUAUCAUUCAAUCAACAGCACCCGGCGACAUUAACGAUGGUUUAAUGGAAUUACUAAUCAUGAUAAAUGCUUGUAAGACCGCUUCAGCACGUCGCAUUACCGCCGUGAUACCCAACUUUCCCUAUGCGCGACAGGACAAGAAAGAUAAAUCACGAGCGCCGAUUUCUGCCAAGCUUAUUGCGAAUAUGUUGCAAACAGCAGGAUGUAACCACAUUAUAACCAUGGAUCUACAUGCUUCUCAAAUCCAGGGAUUCUUCAAUGUACCUGUCGAUAAUUUAUACGCAGAGCCAAGCACACUCAGAUGGAUAAGAGAAAAUUUGUCAGUUAAAGACUGUGUAAUCGUCAGUCCUGAUGCUGGAGGUGCUAAAAGUAGAGCUACUUCUAUCGCUGACCGCCUUGAUCUCGGCUUUGCACUUAUCCACAAAGAGCGAGCACGACCUAACGAAGUUUCCCGCAUGGUGCUUGUUGGUGAUGUGGAAGAUAAAAUUGCUAUCCUCGUCGAUGAUAUGGCCGACACUUGCGGCACUCUAGUCAAGGCGGCUGAGACGGUUAUGACCCAUAAGGCCCGAGAGGUUGUUGCCAUUGUCACUCAUGGCAUCUUAUCUGGUAGUGCCAUUGAAACCUUGAAUAAGAGUAGACUCUCUCGCAUUGUUGUUACCAAUACUGUUCCAUUAGGCGACAAGGGUGAAUGCUGUCAGCGCCUACGAGUGAUGGAUAUAAGUUCGACCCUUGCGGAAGCAAUUCGUCGGACUCACAACGGAGAGAGUGUUAGUUUUCUGUUCACACAAGUGCCUAUGGAAUAA